AUGUCGCUUUUUCGCGAUUCCCCAUCUCACCACUCAAUCCUUCAUUCUCAACCGUCUUCAUCAUCAUCAUCGACAUCGACACCUAUCCCAUCCUCAGCAUCCUCACAUGAUUUGACGAAACCACAACCACGCUCAUCAUCAUCUCGAAAUGACUUAUUCACAACUUCUUGGCAACCUGAAUUACCACCACCACGUCCUUUAUCAGGCGUAUCCCCUUCAACUUCGACUUCGACUUCCAUCUCACACAGUCACAGUCAUAGUCUUGGCAAUGUCCCUUCUUCAAUAGCGGGAUCAAGCUUGAAUGCGAUUUUUGAUCUAGGAGGAUCGAGUAGUAGUAGAGGAAUACAUGCAAAUACAUUGCCUUCACCAAUGAGGAAAAGAGGAGAACCGGGACUCAAAAUGGAUCUCGAUGGAAUCGCCAACUCGUUCUCACCAUCAUCUACCACAACAGGAGUGAAUGAGUUUGGUGUAACUGAGCACGGUAUACCAUCAUCUAUAAUAACCAAAACGUCUUUACCGAAAUUGAACAAAGAUGAUAUCUCACCUUCACCUAGAACAUCAUCUUUCUUUGACACACCUAUACAGAGUAUAACACCUCCACCUGCACCUAGAUUGAUUAGUUCGUUGAACGCUUCAACAAAUGGAUUAAGCUCAUUCGCACCUUCUCCAUUGACUUUAUCAAGAUCAUCAAGUAUAAGAAAUGUACCACCACCACUUCCUUUACCAUCUACACACCAAUAUGAUACCGCUCAAUCACCCAUCUCCGGUAUUGCUUCUUCUUCUUCUGUAGGAUCAUCUAGACAAACAUCUUUAGAUGGUUUUACAGAUCCAUUAUCGCCAUUACAUCAAUCACCACAGCUUCCUCCGUCUUCCAGUUCAGCUGGAUUGGAAGAUUGGAAACCACCUUUACCGCCUUCGUCCGAUGACAUCGAACUUCGAUUAAUACCGAAUUCAACUUAUCUUCUAGGUGAAGGUAGAUAUGCGAGAGCUUAUUUAGCCUCUUAUAGGAGGAAACGAAAGGUUAGAAGUAAUAUCUUGGGUAGAUCAAAUGGAUCAGUUUCAUUGAAUAGAAAGCAGUCGUUGGAAGUCAAUGAAGAUGGUGAUGGAUUGGUCGGUGGAAGUUGGAAAUUAUGUGCUGCAAAACGUUUAGCUCCAGACAGGGAAUCACAAACUAUGGGAUUAAGAGAGGCUUUCUUUCUGAAUCGUUUAGCUGGCCCAUCAUCAGCAUCCGCUUUGUCCAAUCCACGUGAAAGAAGGGAUAGAUCAAAGCAGAGAGCUGUGUCACCUCUUCGUGGAAACUCAAAUACGCAUCAGGAAACGGAUGAUUGCUCACGAAAACGUAAAAGACCUUGUGGAAGUGUAUAUGUCGUCAAGCUCAUAGCUGUGAAAGAAGAUAUCGAAGGAUUUCCAUCAUCAAUAAGUGGUAAUCAGACUCAUACAAGAUCAUCUUCAGAUGUGCUCACUGGAUCUUCAGCAGAUAGUAAAUCAUCACAUUAUACGAGUAAUUCAGUUGAUUUAAGAAGACAGAGGUCAUCAACAAUCAUUUCCGCACAUUCAACAUUACCACCUGGAGGAGAUGGUAGUCCUUUCCCUUCGCAUCCUUCAUUACCCUCUCUAGCUCAGUCAGUUCGAUAUGAACAAUCUGCUCCGUCACUUUCGAGACUAGUACUUUUACUGGAACACGCGCCAUUGGGUACUUUGGACAGAAUGUUGAGAACCAGUCCACAAUUGGUAGGAAGAACCUUAUGGGAAAGAUGGGCUAGAGAAGGUGCUGAAGCAUUAGAAUGGGUUCAUGGGAAAGGUGUUGUCCAUGCGGAUGUAAAACCUGGCAAUUUACUUCUCACUACCGACCUUCAUCUCCGGCUAUCCGAUUUCGGUUCCUCCCUUCUCAUCCAUCCGGCUCAUCCUCCUACGGAUGGUCUCGGUUUAGGUACUUUACCUUUUUCACCUCCUGAACUAGUCGAUCCCACCCAAACUUUCUCUUUCCCCGUUGACAUUUUCGCUCUCGGUGCAACACUUUAUCAAUGUUUGACAGGACGAGAACCAUUCAGAGGUAUAAGAACGGUUGAAAUGAUGCACCAUGUAAGAAAAGGUGGAUUGUGGAUAUAUGAAGAACGAGAAAGAUUACAAAGGGUGGGUAGUGGAGAAGGAGUGUCAACUUCCGGCAGUCCAUAUCCAUCUGCCUGGAGAGGAUACCCUUCAAAUUCAGUUUCCGUUUCAGCGACUACAGGUGCAGGAUAUCCAUCUGGAACCAUAUCGAAUUCGAUCAAUAAUCCAAUAAAUGCGGUUAAUGGAAUUAGAAGAGGUGGAUCGUUAAGAGUUCCACCAAGCUAUUCAUCAAGAGAUCAUUUACCUACUUUCGUCGAUAAUAAUGGUAAUAUACCAAAUAACACCAGUAGUGGCAAUAAUGGCUCAAAACCGAAGUUGAAAAGGAUGACUUCUGCUGAAUCCAUCAAAGCUUCAGAUCAAGUGACAAAUAGUGAAUCUCCUUCAGGAGUCAAACUUUAUGCCAAUUGGGUAAAAUCAGGACCAUCGUCUUUGAUAGGCACAGGAACACCUGUAUCUAAUGGUAGUGGUAAUAACGUUCCUACUGUUGAUGCUUUAACGAGAUUACUAUCGGAUGGUGAUGAAUUCGAUUUAACAAGUCCUACUUAUGGUAUAUCAAGAGGAAACUCAUUGAGAAGGGCUCAACAGACAAAGUCAAGUUCAAAUACAAGCUCAAACUCGAAUUCUCAACGAAUCAGUCCAAUCGAACCUUCGUCAUCAACAUUUUCGUCUUUGUCAACUUCUAUACCUAAAGCCAUUCUACAAGUACCUACACCCACAUCACCAUGUUCAACCAAGUUCCCAGAUAAUAUCGAUAUGGAUUUGGGUAUGGAGACGGAGAUGGAAAUGGAAAUGGAUGCUGAAGAAGCUUUCUUGAAACUCAAAUCAAUGAUGGAACCUUACAACGAUGGCAGUCCAGCAAUGUUAUUCCUUGAUGGAAGAGAAAGAGUUCCUGAAAAUAUAAGAGAAAUACUAAGGGUCAUGUUAAAUCCUAUACCUGAACAAAGAUUUACCGCAAAAGAAAUUAGAAUCCAAUGGGAUGAAUAUAAUGUUGGUUUGGACGAAGAUUCUGAUGAUGAGGAGCAGGGGGAAUAA